AGUAGUGAAUUAUUAUUUAUUUGCAGAGGGGGAUUUACAAUGCCGAGUUUAGUAUCGUUGUUCCCUCUGCCGGAUUUUUAUUCUGUUUUUAAAGAGGAGUUCCUGGGAUACAAUGGGACCCACUUGUUGUUUAAGACUGCUGUUAUCCCUUUGGAGAGUGGUUGUCCUCUUUUGGAUGUGGAUGGAGGUCAGGCGGUGUUCUUGUUCUUGUUGGGUGUCCUUACGGGCUUUGUCUGUGGAGUGUCCUUGUUUGUUCUGUGGGAAGUGAUGGCGAGGUGUGGUUGGACCAUUAGCUUCCAGUACUUGGUAACUGUUUUGCUGGAUGUGAUGAAGGACAACCGAUUUGUUCCUGCCUGUAAAGGAUGUUUUAGAGCAGUUCUGUGUUGUGUUACUUGUAAGGCUUGUCGUGGACGGUCUGGUGAGGUCGUCGUUGAAUCUGUUGAAACGCGGGGCGGUGUUAAAAAGAAGUUGCUCAUGAGGAAGCUACCACCCAAGGUUGAUAAUUUGCCUCAAGAUGGAAGUAAUGAGGUUCAGUCGCCUCCUUCAGCUGAGGAAUGCGUACCUACUGUUCCUUUGCCUGUUGGGCCUGCCCCCGUGUUUUCCACGUUUUCGAGCUACCCACCGCCCGGAUUUUUACCGCCGUAUGUGCCACCCUGGGGUUUUCCUGGUGCCGUUGGACCUCAUGUUCCAAUGGAGAGGCCUUUGUUGCCAGGGAGAGUUUAUCCUGAGGUCCCUGAUGUAAGGGGUCUAAAUGAUGAUCAAGGUGGUCUUCCAAGAGACCUGGGUGGUACUGCACUAAGUGUAAGGGCUGAAGUAUUACCUGUGCCCGAGAAGGGUAAAAGCGGAGUUGAACCUAAUACUAUUUACGAGGAUGUCAAUGCUCCUGUGCUGGAGGUGCGGGAUCAGGGAGUCACGGAGAUUGGAUGUGUACCAGUUGGUCGAGAGAAGGAGACUGGUGAUAGUAUCGAAGCUGCUGGAGCUGCAGAGAGUAUUGGGGAACAAGAACAGAUUGGACCGGAGAAGGAGAAUGAUCUCGGGGAUAAAACUGCAUCAGCUGGUUGUGAUGAGGGAACUCCUGUAACACGCAAUAAAGAAUACAGAAAGACUCCGUUUCCGCAGUCCGCGGAAGGUUCCUGUGUUAGCGAAGGAUCUAGUCCUUUUGAGGCUUUUGCGCGACAGGUCGAGGCUGCGAGGGUAGGAGAUGAGGUCGGUUUUCCUUUCCGUGGCGGAGGCAAUGUCCAGCGUACUCCGCCCGCCAAUAUUCGUCCCAAAAGGACCCAUAUUCCAACAAAGAAGUAUCCUAAGUGAUAUAAUUAUAUCACUUGAUUUAUUAUGAUACGAUUUGUUAAUCUUGUUCAUGGUCUUAGGCUAAGGUCUAAGUUUUGUUUUGUUCACGGUUUUAGGCUACGGUCUAAGUUUUGUUUUGUUCACGGUCUUAGGCUACGGUCUAAGUUUUGUUUUGUUCACGGUCUUAGGCUACGGUCUAAGUUUAGUUUUGUUCACGGUCUUAGGCUACGGUCUAAGUUUAUAUGUUUUCUUUGAGAUGUUUGUUAUUUUAAGUUUGAACACCGUGACUUUGGAGAAUUUAUAAAUUUUUUUUUGGAAUAAUUACAAAUAUUUUUGUAAAAUAAGUUUUCUUCGUUUUGGGAAAAUAUGUAUAUUUCAGUUCUGAAAGUUUUCCCAAAUAAGUAAGGAGAAAACAAUUGUGUAAAUAAUCAAAAGUGGAAGAAAAAUAAAUACGUUUGAAGAUUUGAGUUUAUUUGUAUCUGUUUAUG